AUGUCUGAAGCAGAACACAUCCACCCAGGUGGGGUGCCAGCACCAGCCCAGCCCUAUGACAAAGUCCCAGCACACGGACCUAUCAACUUCCGCCGCCUGGUACACAACCCCGAGAACAGAGAGCAAGGCAACCCCCAAGAUGGUGUGAGCACCAGAGAGAACACCACUGCCCCGGAGCAGGGCACAAGUAAAGAAGAACCUGAAGUGGAAGAAGUUCGAGGUUACAAGUAUGCCAACAUUUCCAAUAUCAGCCACCAUGAGGACACCAGGGUUCACGUUGAGGAUCUCUCCGACAUGAAUGUUGACCCUCAGCUGGAACAAGAGACACAUGAUCUGCUUCAGGAAGUUCUCACGUUCGAUGUAACAGAGAAGCCUGCAUACUCCAGGUCGCAGAGCCUGGAAAACGUGACCACGGAACAGUUCACAACACCUAGCCCAUUUGGAGACUUGCGUGUUUGCCGCAAGACAUAUAACUACAUUGACGUUCGCAAGAAGGGCCACAAGCAAUACUCGCAAUCAGCCACCGCGAAGCGAAUCGAGAAGAUCGCACGGGACCGAGCAGGGCCAGCGCCAUCCAGAGCCCAGGAGGAAUAUGUGGCUCGCAGAAUACUGGCCACAAAUGGCAGCGUGCUCCCCAAGGGACGCCAGCGCGAAAAGUGGAAGAUCCUCCUGAACCAGGCCCAUGAAGAACUACAUCUCCAUCGGGAUGAUGAUACCUACCAGGCGGAUCUCACCAACGAAAUGAAUGGGGCCAAGCCAGCAGAUUGCACAAUUACACAAGAGAAUGUUGAGGAUGUGAAGAACAAUCUGCCGAAACGGACGGCAAGCAACCCAUUUGAUCAAUUCCAAGUCGACGGAGAGGCAGCGAAGGCACGCGAGCUCAUCGAAGGAUAUGAUAUCAUCAUCUGCAGGGACAUGGGCAGCCGGCUGAUCAUUGGCGUCUUUACGAAGGCUCCGGAGGCCCUUCGGCAUCCCACGAACCAGGCGAUACAUCUAGCACGGUUUCCGAACAAAGAUGUAAAUUCAGAACAGUGUGAGCAACCGCAUUUUGCCGUCUGUGGAGUCGAGCAUUACGGGGUCCACCACGAGAGCGGAUCAGCGAGCGGGCUUCAACGCCUUUGCUUGCAAGAUUUCACUGUCAAAUCCAGAGACCGCCUCGACGCAGUGAUCAAUAGCAGUGCAUGGACUGAUGAAAAGCCGAAACUCGUGACAGGCGUCUAUGGUACUGCCACAAAGGUGUCACGUGUGUCCUUCAAGUCUUGGGACCCCGAGCUAUACGAGGAGGCUUUGACAGUCCGACAGAACCUGCCCGAGGUACUCCAAGUAAAGCUGGCUAAGACAGGUGACAACCCGUACGGGUACAUGGCCCAUCUUGUUGAUGCGCAGACGGAAGGCCAUUUGGACUCAACAGACUGGGAGCAAGGCCUGGCUGCUCUAACUUGCUUUGGAAACUUCACUGAUGGGGACUUGGUGCUUCCGUGGCUUGGUCUUCGAAUUUCCUUUCCAAGUGGAUCGAGUUGCCACUUACGAGGACGCGAGAUCUACCACUACGUUACUGGCUACCAAGGUCACAGAUACUGUGUGGUCCUGACGAACAAGGAGUCAGUGCGGAAGACUAUACCCGACUUCCAGAAAGGCUACAAAGAGAUGAUGGAGAAGGUUGAAGAGCUGAAGAAGACAAACGUGGACGACUGGUCUGAGGAUGAGAGGAAGCUCAUGGAGGCCAACUUGGAGGGCAAGAGUGCCGUUCUGGAGCUGAUUUGGAAUUCAGCAAGGAAAUAUCGCCAGCCGUCCACGUCCGACAAAGCUCACUCUGGCCAGGGCUCUCAGUCUGAGCAAGACAACUCUGGCGAGCCUCCUCUCAAGAAGCAGAGGAUGUCGGAGUCCCAAUGA